AUGCAGCAACAUCACAAAAGAGCAGCAGCAGCAGCAGCAGCAGCAGCAUCACCCCACCACCACCACAACUACCGUUACCACCUUUAUCACCACCAGCAGCAACAGCAGCAGCAGCAGCAGCAGCAACAGCAGCAGGAGGAUGUUGGGGACAGGAGAAAAGAGACAGCAAUCGUCGGGGGUUUUGAGGCCGCAUAUAACCUCAGGGCGCUUAAAGAGGGGUUUGUCUUGUUCCCAGUCUUGCUGCUCGUCAGCAGCAGCUUGCUGCAGCACCUGCUGCUGCUGCUGCUGCUGUGUCUCUCGGUCAUGCAGCUGCUGCAGACGCCAGUUGUGCUGCCGCAGCUGCUGCAGCGCAGCAGAGACCACGCGCUGCGGUAUCUUCGUCGAGCAGCCAGAGCAGCAGCUGCUGCGGGGUGCAGCAGCAGCAGCCUUAGACAGCAUCCCAGCGAACACAGACAUGCACGGGUGGGGCAGGUCCUGCAGCAGCAGCAGCAGCAGCAGCAGCAACAGCAGCAGCAGCAAACAACAACACGCUGGUUUGAAUCGAAGGAGGGAAGAACUGGAAAAGAUAGUAACAUACCCACGCAGCAGCAGCAACUGCAGCAACUGCAGCAGCAACUGCAGCAGCAAGUGCAGCAGCAACUGCAGCAGCAACCGCAGCAGCAACUGCAGCAGCACCUGCAGCAGCAAGCGCAGCAGCACCUGCAGCAGCAGCAGCAGCAGCAACAGCAGCAGCACCUGCAGCAGCAGCAGCAGCAGCAGCAACAGCAGCAGCAAGCUGGUGUUACCUCUGUAGCGGGUUCGCGUAUAGUUGGCUCUGACGAAGCUAUAGCAGCAGACAGCCAGCCUGCUGCUGCUCCCCUAAACCCAUCAAUUACAAACGAGCAAAUCACCCCACCAACAGCAAAUCCAGCAGCAGCAGCAGCAGCAGCAGCAGCAGAACAAGAAGAACAGCAGCAGCAGCAGCAGCACGAACAACGCCAGCAGCACGAGCCACACAAACACCAUCACCAUCACCAACCACCAAUCCUCCCCUUCCCCCUCUCAGCAUCUCCUUCUCCCUCUCCUUCUCCUGCUGCAGCAGCAGCAGCAGCAGCAGCAGCAGCAGCAGCAGCAGCAGCAUUUCUUACCUUGAGUUUCCACACCCAGUUGCCCUGA